UUUUCCUUUUUCUUUCUUUUUUUUCAUGUAGGAUAUACAGGCCGGCGCUUCAAUUUCGGAAUCUUGCACGGACUGAAGUAAACCUCGGCAAAUUCAUGAUUCAUUAACGUUACGCCAUUACUCUUUUCUAAAAUGUAACGUAGCGUGUCGCGGAGGAAAAAAAACGCUCUAGUGGAAAUUUGUACCAUUUGGAAUUUCUCAUAACUAAUUCACAAUUUUUUUGAGGAAGCAGUUGUGCAGUCAUCACUGGUCGGGGAGGGAACAUUUCUGGAGCGGGAGCUGUUUCGCAUGAGCUGCAUCGUUUUUGGAGAAGCACAGGCUCAGAGGAGGUGGAGUCAUGAGUGCACAAGAGGCACCCAUUCCUGGGAAGGAGAAGGCGGAUGGUGGGAGUGCGGCCACAGAUGGUCCCUCACCAACCUUAGUCCCAAAGACUAAGAACACAACUCCACCACCUGUCACAGUAAAGAAAGAGCCUGGGACCUCAGAGACGAGUAACGGGAAAGUGGGUGAUGCCAAUCCUGCUGAGAUCUGUGUUGUCAUUGGAGGAAAUGAUGGAGGAGCCAGUGGAGGUGCAUCCCGUAGAGCUCAGACCGAGGGUAUGUUUGCCCUUGGUACUCCUCCUCCAACGAAGAGCACAGACUCAUGCAUAGGUUCCUAUGUAUGCGGGGUAUGUGGGAAGAAAUACAAAUAUUAUAACUGCUUUCAGACACACGUCAGGGCACACAGAGAAUCAGAUAGCAUGGUUGCAGAUGGUCUACCCCAGACACCCAACAUCUUGUCUCCUCACUGUAGCCGCCUUCCCAUAGGUGACAUCCUAAUACCAGAUAGCUUCCGUUACUCCUGUGACAUCUGUGGCAAGAAAUAUAAAUACUACAGCUGCUUCCAGGAGCACCGUGACCUGCAUGCAGUUGAUGAUCCAUAUGAACAGGUAGUGUUGCCUGUGGAUGGCCUUAAAGAGGAGGAGCCAGUUGAACCCUACCAGAAAAUUGGACCAAAAACUGGGAGCUAUGUUUGUGAGUUCUGUGGGAAGCAGUACAAGUAUUUCAACCCAUACCAGGAGCAUGUUGCUCUUCACACACCAAUGGGCUCUUUUGAUUUGAAGACAUCACGGGUACAGGAAUGUGGUAGCAUGGAUAUGAGUAAAUUUGGCCACAGCCAAACCGGUAAGAUUAAAAACAGUCCAUUCAGGCGGAAACUGGAAGGUGCAAUUCAGUCUAGUCUGGUUGACACAAACAGUUCACAGAAUUCAAGCGGAACUCCGAGCCCUCUGGUGGCCAGCACCUUCUCUACAACCCAGAAACCCUACACUUGUGGUGCCUGUGGCAUCCAGUUCCAGUUCUACAACAACCUGCUGGAGCAUAUGCAGUCCCAUGCUGCGGACAAUGAGAACCACACCAAAGGGGACUCUCCCAAAACCUCCUCAGCCUCCGGUCCUCAAGAGCAGCUGUGGAGAGGCUCUCAGGCUCCGGCCCAUUCCUCAGUUAAACUACAAAUCCCGCCUCAAAGUAUCUCCCAGAGAAACCACACAGUCAGCCAGAAUAACGGACUACCUGAGAAGGAACGACAGCAGGUGGCUGAGCGCCUCUUACGGGUAAUGUGUUCAGAUCUGAGCAUGCUAAACGUGCUCAACAGCAAGGACUUCCUGAAGUUGGCACAGACCCUAGUGGAUACGGGUGCUCGUCAUGGUGCCUACUCCACCCGUGAUGCUUUUGGCAACAUGAGUGCCUUGGCACUGCGCCAGCUGCCCCGCAUGUACAACCAAGUCAAAGUCAAAGUCACAUGUGCUCUAGGCUCCAAUGCUUCCCUUGGUAUCGCUGUCACCUGCCACUCCCAGACAUCAGGCCCAGAUGCUUGCUAUGUUCUAACAGCCUACCAGGUGGAGGGGUCGAGACUGAAGCGCUAUGUGCUCGGUGUGAGGGAGGCUGAACUGAGGGAAGGGCCCGAGCAGGUUCACCACUGGGUGCAGAAUGUGCUGUCUGAGUUUGUGAUGUCAGACAUUCGCACAGUGUAUGUCUCAGAGCCCAAAGUGUGGGCAGCAGGAUUUGCUGGAUCGCCACUUGGUGGUGGUGGCCGGAGCAGGAUAUGCUUGCGAUGCGCGGGGUGUUCACUCGGGGCAGUUGUCCAGGCUGUUCUUGGAAAGCGCAGCCUCCAGGCUCGAGGCCUUCAUGAGUUGUCUGAGCUUCUCUCAACGUGCCGAGAUAUUGCGUCCUCCACCACGCUGUCCCUUCGUGAGGAACAGUGCACCAACACAUCCACAAGCACAACUGAGGAAGGUACACAGGGCAGCCCUGCACAAUGCCCCAACCCUCCUUGCUGGGAUCGUAUGGCUGAAGCUCUUCUGCAGGUCCAUGCCCACUUUGAACAGAUAUGUGAGGCUUAUGGGCGCAGUAAGACCACGGCUCCUCUCCUCCAAGGUCUCAACAAGCAUCUGCUAGGUACGCUGGCUUGUCUGCUGGCACCUCUGCGUCUGGCAGCUCUGGAGCUGAGCAGCCAGAGGAGACCAACCUUACAGCAGGUGCUGCCCGUCUACCUACGCUUGGAGAAGUUUUUCACUUCCAAAGCUGGAGAGGCUGGAACCGGCACGGCUAGCAAACUCUGCCACUACUUCCUUGAAGCACUUAAGGAAAAUUUCAAGGUUGAACGAGCCCACCAGGUAGCCAUGGUCCUGGACCCACAGCUCAAGCUGCGUUCAGUGCCAGCCUACCAGCAUGAAGAUAUAAUCUCCCGUGCAUGCGAAAUGGCUGCUGAAUCCAGGGAUGGAGGUAUGACUGGUGGUGGAGGUUCAGGUGGUGAAGAGCGGGACAACGAUGGCCCACCAACCCCUAAAAUAAGCCGCGUAGAGGGAGGGGGAAACAACGGUGGCACCUUAAGGGGGACCUCCUCAUCUUGCACAGUGUCUGGUAAUGAUGAGAGUCAGAGCCAAGUUAGACAAGAGAUUUUUCAAUACUUGGCUGAGCCUCUUCUCCAAGGCACACCUGACCUCUUCCAGUACUGGAGCUCAGCAGUGAAUGAGAAGUUUCCCAGGCUUGCUCGCUUGGCAAUGUGGCUCCUUGCUGUUCCUGCUGUGGGCAUACGCAAUGAGUGUGCGACUGUGUGCGAGCAGAGCCUGGCUAUGAAGAGGAGGCAGCAGGUAACCACUGAGGAGAUGAAUAAACUCAUUUUUCUUCGCUCCAACAUGGGCUAGGAGAGAAACUCGACCAACCCUUAUCAACCAAACCUUCACCCCCAACCAAUGACUGAAGACUAUUAUUUAUAUACUGUAGGUUUAGAACAACUGUAAACUUAAAUGUGUUAAAUACUCAUCGAGAAAGAUAUUUACAGGAAACUCACAGUGUAUAGGUUGCAACACCAUACAACAAUAUGACUUAUUACAUUUAUUUGGUCCUUUCAUACAAACAGUACUUUACAAACAGUCCUUUCUCCAUAUAAGAAAGGACUGUUUGUAAAGUACUGUGGACAAAAUGUAGGGGUGGAACGGUAACUCAAAAGGUUGUCUUGUUUGGUACACCACCCUCGGUUUGGGAUUCACAUGUAAGCAGGAUCAGUCUUAUCAAGGCCAGUGACUUGAAUUACUUCAGCCUACUGACUAAACUGCUAAAAGGCUGCAAUGCGGUUAUUCUCACUGAAUGGCAACAUUUUCAGGUAAAGUCAGCGUUCACUGCUUCAAACGACUGUCACAGACCUCUGAAAACACACAACAGUUAGUAAUGUUGCAUAUAGCUACAGUAUUUGGAGAAUGAUCAUUUUCAUUGAUGUACGACAAAAAAAUCAAGAGGUGAAUCUUCACUGCCAUUGCAUCUCUGCCAAUUAAGUGUACCAGGUUUAUUAUUUACUAUUGCGUAUAACAGAUAAUAUUUUUUUCAGCAUCAGGUCAGGAGCUAAAUCAUUGCAGCUAAUUAGAAGGUUGCUUCAGUGGCCUAGAAAUGUAGUUGUGGAUCAUUUUAUGCAUUUUUCAUUCAAAAGGGUAAAACGCAGCUGCUAAAACAUUAAUAGAGAUAAGAUGCUUUCCGUUUUUUUAUGUUACAAAAAGAAAAGUCAUCCAAUAGUUUGUUUUCUUUCUAAAAUUAACUCAAGAGGUCUUAUGCUGCUAGAUAUGCUAGUCAAACGGCUAGAUUUGCACAGAAGGGCCUAUAUCAUGGAGUUAACUUGAAUAAAGUCAAACUUUUGGUUAAAUUUUUUAACGUGCACAAAGAGGACAGAAUGAUAUUAUUAGAACUUGUUUGCGGUCAGCUUUUACACCGAUUUCAUUCAUUCAGCCUUACCAUAGCUGAAUUGCACCAACAGUGCUGGUACUUCAGGAAUGUCUCAUCAUUCAGCUCUGUGAAAAGAGACGUCAAUACACUUCUAUAUACUGGAGACGUUUUGCCUGUGCAUUGCCCUCAGAUAAACAGCAGUAAUAUUAUUAACCAUCAGUUUGGUAAGCUUGUUGGCAAGGAUUUAAUGCAUACGUGCAUAAAUCCUUGUGUGGUUGUUGCCCACUGUGUGUAUGUGUGUUUAUUAUUUUUUUAUAUAUAUCUUUCCAUUUUUGAAGCAAUAAGCUUCAAGGGCAUAGUUUCAACUUUUAUCUACAAAAAAUGACUGUUCUCAUGACGCUCCUAAAGUUAAUCAUUAAUGGUAAAUUAUUUUCUGUUUGUGAAAUCAACGCGAUUUUCUCAGGAAUGAGUGCACCCAAGCAGGCGCCGCCACUUUUUCCCUUACUGUACUGAAAACUCAUCAAACUUUGACCUCAAUACCGAGGUAUGUACUAAACCGUGACUUUUGUGAAACGUUCCACCCCACAUGCAGUUAGUGCCAUUUGCAACAAACAAAAAAUGGAUCAGGGUGAGGGUUUAUUUUUUUCCCAGAAUAAAGCAAAUUCUGCCAGUACAUUCACUAAAGUCAACACAUGCAUACUAAUAAAGUUAAGUUAUUUAUUUAUUUUAUGGAUUCUAGUAUACAUUUACACAAGCUAAUACCUCCUGUAAUGACUUUGAUGAAUGACAGUUAUACUGUAAAUUUGUUUGUUGCCUUUGGUACUAAUUAGUCAAGUACUAGUUUGUUAUUUCUGUCUUUGGGCCUAAAGUCUCUUUCAUGCAACCACCUUAAACCCUACAGUCAGAACCAACACCAUGCCUUUUAAUUGAUGUUAAAUGGCCUUCUUUUCACCAUGCUUUCUAAAGCUUGUAGUUUGGUUUUUCACUCCUGUAGACCCAAAGGGACCUCUGGCUGAUGGUUUGAAACCGUGUCCUCUAGUGGUCAAAUGUGGACUUUUUAAAACAUCAUGGACAACUGGUAUUUUACAAGUGCUUUAUUCCAAAGUUCAAGUCAUCUCUUGGGUAUAAACCGGUCAGGAAUUAUUUCAACAAUAACACAGCCAAGCACAAGUAUCCACUGUAUUAAACUAUACUGAAAACCUAUACUCAGUAGAUCAGCUCUUCAUUGGGUUCAUAGCAGGAAAAUUUAUCAAUACGGAUAUUGUGGUAUGAGACUCCCAUUUGGAUUUUGUUUAUCUUAAUAUUUGUGGUGCAGCUUAACUAUCGUCUUUUGAUCCAAAAGGAUGUAGUUCAGUUAUUUGAUUUGGCUCUUCCACAUGAAUUAAAAGCUACAUCAUAUUCUUUCAAUCAUAUUUAAAUAUUAAACACAAAUGAUCAUAAUUGAAAAUAUCAACUGUAAAAAGAAUCUAUUUUUUUCAUUUUUCCCAGCUUUAGGCCCCAGUACAACUUAAGGUACAGUCACAUUACACUACAAUGAAUAUUCACUUAGUCUCCCAUUCAUUUCCGAUUGAAUUUGACAAAUUCAAACCUCCAUUUCCUGUUUCAGUAUGAACUCCAUGGGUCAGAGUUCACUUUUGUUCAACUUUUACCUCACAGAUGUGCACAGUCGGCCAGUAGGAACACUGAUGAUGAACUGUACUUGGAAAUGGAGAAGUCACUAUUCUAGCCUUGUGGCGCCACUUUCUUUUGUGCAACACCAGACUAAAAACUGCUGCAUCUCCCUCAUAGACAUUUUACAGUUAGUGGUCGCUAUGAUCAACAUUUAUUUAUAACCCAGGUUAGAAUUGUGACAGGUCCAUUUUUGAGGCUGAGUGCAGGGCAAUUUUGUUAAAUGUGACUGUACCUUUUUAGUUUCUAAGGCCACAGGAAGUAGGAAGUCAGUACACUGCACAUGGGGAAUUAUAGGGCAUUUGAGUGAAUGGUCUAGAAAGUGUAAAGCCAAGAACAGACAGUUCUCCCUAAAAUGCUAAUCUUUUUAGUCCGCCUGAAUGCAGUUUGUCUGUCAAUCAAAGGUGAAUGGCUCUAUCAAACUACAAUUUUUUGAUCGACUGUUGCCCUCCUUACCUCCAUUUACAGCUUUGAUUUAGUGUUUCAUAAAUGCUUUUCUCUUCUUUAAGAGUAACUUAGCACCAGGCUGAAAAGCACUGUUUUACUGCCCUCUCUGGUUGAAGGUAGCCUGUUUCACCAUUAGUAGUAGAUGGAUGUGGUCAGAAAUGUGUUCUGUUGCUCCUGUAACCCCACCCAACAGUGAUGUCGUAGGGUCUUGGGAGUAUACAUGACUGCAGCCAGGUGAGAAGUUAAACCACUGGAGGUCAGCAAAGAGGACAUUUUCAGGAGGUGUUGGGUCACUCUAUAAUGGUUUCUUAACUGAUUCUUGAAAGGAAGUAUUAUGUCAUUCACAUUUUAACAGUUUAUCUAUUUUCCCUUCUGUAAGGCUUGGGGAGUAUGACUUGAUUCAGUGUAACCAAGACAUACAUUACUUCAUUGUGAUGAUAUACUGCUGUUUUCAAACUGAUUUAUGUCACACAUUUAUAUUUUGGUUAAAAAAAAAAAAAAAAAAAGAUUGUAAUAUUUGAAAUUACAUUUUUUUAAUUACCAAUCCAAUGUUUUACCUCAGUACUCAGAAGGUAAUAUUGUAAUUUAUAGAUUGGAAAUCAAAAAUGUAGCUUUGGUCUAAGAUAUAGUUAAAAUACUGUACAUUGGUUUGCGGUUUUAGCAGUGCUCCUCGAAUGAACUGAUGAAGGGAUUUUUCUUACAGUUUUUAGUUUUUAAGUAUUUUAAAUAGGAUAUGCUCUGGGACAAAAUGCCAUUGUUGACAUAAUGAUGUCAACUUAAUUUUACUUAGAAAUAGCAUUCAUUUUGUUGAUUAAAUGGGAAUUAUAUCUAAGAUAUGCAUGCUUUUAAUAAGAGUACUGAUAUAUAAAGUUAGAGCCAACAUGAUUCACUUCCAUCUGAUGAGAAACACUGACUUGUGAGUAGAUGUUACCUUAAGACACUCAUCAGGAGUCAGAUAAGCGACAGAAUUUUAACCUUUGGAGAUGGGAGUGGCGAUGCUGAUCAUGGGUUGGUGUUUAUGGCUUGACGUCAUCCAUUUUCACAGGAUGUAUUAUGUAAAUUUAAGAGAACUGCUGUUUUUAUGCCACAAGGGGGAGCCUUCAUUUCAGAGAUACAGUAGGGAGCACCAAUAACAUACCUCUAUUUUCUACAGUAGCAUUUAAAAGGUUUUUGAUAUAAUAGAAAACUCAACUUAGAUACUGUUAUUAGAAAAUUUAAAUCAACUAAGUUUUAUUUUGUUUCAGGAUUUUAACUUAUUCAGAUAAUGUAAAAUAUGGUGUAAGAAUGCAAACAUGGAGAUCUUUUCUGUUUUAACUAUAGAUUACAGUCUGUAUUAUCAAUUCAGGUUAAGAAACUAGUGUUGCUUUCAUCCUAUUUUACAGGCAUUUCUUCCUGUACUCUGCUAAAAUGCAAAAAAAUAGGUUUGAUUCUAUUCAUUUAGUCUUUUUUUAUUGCACUUUGGCAGCAGAUUCCUGUGUAGCUUUAGAUCUGAGUUGUCCUAUUAGUAAGCCUAAUUUAUACUUUUGUAGCAACACUAUUUUUAUAUAAUGGCAAAGAAAUGGUUCAGUGUCUUUUUCUUUUGUUUUUCCUGUGUCAUAUGUGGCAGCGCUGUUCAAUGUUUCUUAAAUACAUUACCCACUGUAGUAUGUGAUGUGUGAAUAAACUCCAAAUCUGUGUCAACAA